GUAACUUAUUUCGCUGGGAACCUUUGUUUUGCUGCCGCCGUUUCCCUACAUCCGGGGUAUCCUGCAGAGAGCCCACCGUAAUGCCGUGCAGAAACAAGUCUGAAGACUGCUGAAUGCAGGUAGAUUGGAAGGAAGCUUUGUCUCCAUGGAUGAGAGGAAGAUGAAAAGGAGGAGUCCCAAGUCCUCCACUAGUCACCCUCCACCUCUAGUGAAUACUAAGACAAAAGCUGUGCCGCCCAGCAGGAGCACUGGGUUUUCCAAUGUGCCACCGUCCGCCGGGCAAAAAACAAAGCUAAAAAGAGCUAUUAAAGAGAAGUCCAAAUCUCAGGGAGAAAGUAAAGGCGCUACCUCUGCAACUAUUCAGCACUCUUUCCUUACAGAUGUUUCCGAUGUUCAGGAGAUGGAGAAGGGUCUUUUGAGUCUCCUGAAUGACUUCCACUCUGGCAAACUUCAAGCGUUUGGUAAUGAAUGUUCAAUAGAACAGAUGGAACAUGUUCGUGGACUGCAGGAGAAGCUGGCUCGUCUGCAUUUAGAUUUGUAUGGAGAGCUAGAGGAAAUGACAGAAGACAAGUGCAAGAUGGCCAGGGAUUCCAAUAUGGACAGACUUCUCUCUGAACUGGAAGAACUAAACUCAUCUAUACAAAAACUUCACCUGGCAGAUGCCCAAGAUAUCCCAAAAACCACAGCUAACUGAGGACAUGAGAUAUCCCAUGCUUAUUGAGCGCCAUAUAUCAUGUGCCGUUGCUAACAGUAUUCCGAACAGUGUGUCCAUGUCAGUAAAGCUGUUUUGUGAAAUGAUCCAUUCAUAUCUUCCAUACCUCAGAGAUAAUUGAACAUUGGCUCUUUCAUUCCCAGUUUGUGAAAUUCCGUUUUUUAUGGGCCGUGGACCUGUUAAAUAUUCAGUUGAAUGCAUUCCUUUUUCUGUUAUGGUGCAUGUACAGAGCGGCCUCUGCACAGAAGUCCACCGUAUCGUUGGUCCACAUACGUACGGGGAGAGUUUGAUAAACCUGAUGCCUGUACUGUUAUAUAUAUAUAUAUAUAUAUAUGGGUACUGGAGUGCUGUUCUCUUUGGGGAAUGGCCAUCCCAGCCUAUAUGUCCUUGUUUACAUGCUGACAAUCAAUUGCUACUGUGUAUCUUGAGAUUUUCAUGGCAUAGGUGCUGGUCUUUUAAUUUGCACACUGUUCCGCAUCCAUGAUGUAUAUAGUUUCUAAAUGUAAGCGGAGAAAUAACGACUUUUAUGUGAUUGUUUCCACCUCUGGUUUAAUGCAGGUUUGUUUUCUUUGGAUAUUCAAAGAUUAUUCCCAUCUGGGACAUUGAUAGCAUAUUGUUAGGAUAUGCCAUCAAUGUCAGAUAGGUGUCAGUACUCCCCCUAGGACCCGCUCCUAUCUUUUAGAAUGGGGACUCCGAAAAGAAUCGAGAGCUGCCACGCAUGCGCAUCCACCUUCUGUUCACCGCUGUGGGAGUUAUGAAUAUAGCCAAGCGUGCUUGCUCAGCUAUUUUCGGCAGUACUAUUGCGGUGAAUGGAGAGGUGGCCACACUUGUGCAGGUUGCUCAACUAUUUUAGGAAGUCCCACAGCAGUGGAUGUAGAGCAAGCCAUUUAUACGUGAUUUGUUAUUCUUCACUUCAGGGCCCCGUUAUGAACAUAGGAGCUGGUGAGGUGGGACCUUAAGUGAAUGGCAUAUCUUAGUCUGAAGUAAUGGCUUUUCUUCAUCUGUAGUGAAUGGCAUAUCUUAGUAUGAAGUAAUGGCUUUUCUUCGUCUGUAGUGAAUGGCAUAUCUUAGUAUGAAGUAAUGACUUAUCCUCGUCUUAAGUAAUGGCAUAUCUUAGUCUGAAGUGAAUGGCAUAUCUUAGUCUGAAGUAAUUUCAUAUCUUAGUCUGAAGUGAAUGGCAUAUCUUAGUCUGAAGUAAUUUCAUAUCUUAGUCUGAAGUGAAUGGCAUAUCUUAGUCUGAAGUAAUUGCAUAUCUUAGUCUGAAGUGAAUGGCAUAUCUUAGUCUGAAGUGAAUGGCAUAUCUUAGUCUGAAGUGAAUGGCAUAUCUUAGUCUGAAGUGAAUGGCAUAUCUUAGUCUGAAGUGAAUGGCAUAUCUUAGUGAUAUACCAUCAAUGUCCUGGAUGGGAAUAUCGUUUUUAAAGUCAAUUUCCUGCAAAAACAGAAAAUGUUCUUGCAGUUGGGGUCCCUGUCCCUCCACUGGCCUGUGGUGAGUAAUUGUUAAAGGGAACAUGAUGUCUGAGUUGAGGCAACAUGUUACAGGGCAGAUUCAGCUGAGCAGAUUGAUAUAUAAUGGGUCAUUUAUCAAAUUGGUGUAAAGUAGAACUCGUUUAGUUGCCCAUAGCAACCAGAUUCCUUUGAUUUUCCAAAGGCGCUUACUAAAAUGAAAGGUGGAAUCUGAUUGGUUUGCUAUGGGCAACUAAGCCAGUUCUACUUUACACAAGUUUGAUAAAUGACCCCAUAGUUUUGUGGAAAAAGAUUCAUUAAAGGGUUAUAACAAGUUAUCCCCUUUCCACAGGAUAGGGGAUAACUAUCAGAUCAAUAGGGGUCCUACCGCUGGCCCCCCCCCACAGAUCACGAGAACGGGGGCCAUGUACCCUGUGGAACCCCCCUGAAAUGGACAAAGUGGCUGGUUGGAAAAACACACUGCCGCUAGUGCACAGUGCUCUGCUAUCUCCAUUGCUGCCAUAGAACUAAAUGGAGUGGCCGCAUGCAUUUCCAACCUGUUAUACCCCUUUUAAUACAUUUAGAUUCCUGCUUGAUCACUAAGAGGACCACCUCCUGGACUCCAAAGGCCAGAAUGAGCAGGAAUCUAACUGAAUGAUUAUUACUAAAUCUUAAGUUCCCUCACAACUACCAGUAUAAGUCAAUCUGCUUAGCGCUUCAUGUUGAUGCACUCUAUACUCAGUGUGACAGGUUCCCUUUAAAGGCUAUGUACACGUUUGGUGAUAAUUUUUAUUUGUUUCUUUAUUAUUGCAUUGUACUUAUUUUGAGCUAAAAAUCUUUUUUUCAAUUGGUCUUUAUUAAAAGUAU